UAUGAUUGUAUUCUCAGAAGUCAACAGUUUGUUAAUUACCAUCAGAAAGCUUGCCAACGAAUGUCGUCCUGGCUGAGGUCUGUAGUGAGUUAUGCUGACUCCGUCGUUCAACAUGCCGGCCAAGCCGUUGCCGAGGGUGCUAAAGUUCUGGAAGAUCGCAUUGCUGGUCAAAAUUUCAGAAGUGUUAAGAAGACAGUCGAGAGAUUGGAAGAAGCUGCUACUUGCUAUCAGGGCCCUGAAAGAGUACAAUUGCUUAAAAGAUGGUUAGUUUUGCUUAAAGAGGUUGAGGAAAUGUCUACUGCUUUGGAUGAAGAUAAAGAGAAGACCCUUGAGAAGCACUUUGCUGUUGACAAAGCAAAGGAGAAUUUGAGGAAACCAUCUAUGGUUUUGUAUUAUGAUGCUGAUGUUGGAGGUGAACCAUUAAAUUUCCGUGACGUUUUCAUUCGAAGUCAUUCUUUGGAGGGUAUUAUAUUAUCAAUG